GCAGGCCUCGGAUGCGCAUGAGUAGAGUUUGAGAGGCCAGAGCCUGGCUAUCUGGAGGCCACCCCCGCAGAGGACAUUCCCCCUCUCCCCAACUUGUCCUGCACUUGGUUCCGCCGAGACCCACGACGGUUCCACCCCCUUCUUCCUUGUCAUUGAUGUUGUUGUUCUUGUCAGUGCCGCAGCCCCGACCACCGGGAGCCCGAACCCGAGCCGGGGCCGCCCGGGUGGCGCGGUGGCAGCGGCUGCGGCUGCAGCAGCUGCGACGGCUGCGGGGGCUGCUCCGGGGACUGCGGGGGCGGCCGAGGACCGGCAGCCGGCGGCGGGGCCGAAUGGCUCUGUGCGGGCAAGCGGCAGGCGCCGCGUCGCUGCCCAGCGAGCUAAUCGUGCACAUCUUCUCCUUCCUGUCCGCGUCCGACCGGCUACGGGCCUCGGCCUCCUGUUCGCACUGGCGCGAGUGCCUCUUCUACCCGGCUCUCUGGCCCCAGCUCCGUAUCUGCCUCCGCGUCUCGCCCUCGGAGCAGCCACGGCUCGAAUUCCUCAUGCGCAAGUGCGGCUGGUUCGUGCGAGAGCUGCGCGUUGAAUUCGCCGCGGAGAAUUACCUGAGCGGCGGAGGCGGCCCGGGCGAUGGAGGCCGCGUCGACACCGGGACUGGCGGGGAAGAAGUCGAAGCCCUGCAGCUCUCAACCCGUUGGCUGGAAGUGCUACGCACCUACUUAGAGCUGGUGCUGUGCGUGCUGGUCAGCAUCCGGAACAACAGGAACCUCCAGAAGUUUAGCCUUUUUGGAGACAUAAGCGUUCUACAGCAGCAAGGAAGUUUGUCAAAUACAUACCUCAGCAAGGUGGACCCUGAUGGCAAAAAAAUUAAACAAAUUCAGCAGCUGUUUGAAGAAAUACUUAGUAACAGUAGGCAACUGAAGUGGCUGUCUUGUGGGUUUAUGCUGGAAAUAGUAACCCCAACAUCACUGUCAUCUCUCUCAAACUCUAUUGCCAACACCAUGGAGCACCUGAGUUUACUGGACAACAAUAUUCCUGGUAACAGCACCCUUAUCACUGCAGUAGAACUGGAGCAAUUCAUGAAUCUACGCUCACUUGCCCUGGAUUUCUGUGACUUUACAGCUGAGAUGGCAAGAGUCUUAACCGAUAAUAACCAUGUGCCUUUGCAGCGACUUUCUCUCCUGGUCCACAAUGUUUCCGUGAUGCACAAGUCUCUGGACAACAUGCCAAAUGAUGAGCAUUGGAAAGCCUUGUCAAGAAAGAGCACCAACCUCCGGGUCUAUAUAAUGGCUUUUGAUAUCAAGAGUGAAGAUAUGUUAAAGAUUCUGAAACCCAGUAUACCACUAGAGAGGAUUCAUUUUGACAGCUACAUCACUUGUGUUUCAGGAGCUAUUGUUGAUCUUAUAUCUAGGCAGUAUGACAAGUUCCUCACUCAUUUUAUAUUAAUGAAUGAUGUGAUUGACACGUCUGGUUUUCCAGAUCUUAGUGACAACCGAAAUGAAGAUCCGUUGGUUUUAUUAGCAUGGAGGUGCACAAAGCUCUCUCUUCUGGCAAUUCAUGGUUACACAGUGUGGGCACACAACCUCAUUGCCAUUGCUCGUCUUCGUGGCUGUGAUCUAAAAGUACUUGAAGUCACUGAAGAAAGCAUUGAUUUUGACCAAGGUGAACUGGCCGACCAGGAUGUGGAUCCAGUACAUAACCUUAUUGAGCAGGUAUCCCUGGGCCUAGGUCAACCUUGGCACGCGAUCAUGGACAUCGAAUCACUCAGUGUCUUCACUGAACCAAAUCGUCAUUUUUACAGAGAGAUGCAAAGCUUCAGCGAAGACAUUUAG